CUAAGAAAUAUUUGGUUUAGAAGUUGUUAUUUGAAACGCAGCGUUUUGAGUGUAACAGUAAAACGACGGGUACGCCUGAAACUUGAGAAACGAAUCCCACUUCUCCUUUCUCAGUUUCCACUUGUCAGUUGCCUCAAACCAAAUCAAAUGCGUUACCGAUAAUAACUUUGGAUCUCCUCCCCUAAUCUUAAAUCCCGAUCCAAUCUUGGGUUCCGUCUGAGAUCGAAAUGGGGAUCGUGAUCGAAACCUUCAUUUGGGAACCAAGUUCUGCCGUGUUCAUUUUCAUUUUCUUUUCAUCUUUCCUCUUACUUUCUCUCUUCCCUUUCUAUCUCUCCAAACACGCUCCCACCACCAAGUCUUCUGCUUUCUCCGACCACCCUUUCUCGUCCUCUUCACCCCGCUUCCAACUUUACUUUCUCCUUCUCUAUUCCCUCGCAUCCGUAUUGGAAGGAUUGUGGUUGGUGUACGGAGAGUUUGAGCUGGUUUACUAUGGGAUAAGUAAGGAAGAUACGGUGACGUUUAUGCUUAUUGGAUUUGGAGCUGCUCUUUUUGUUGGUAGUCUCUUAGGUCUUGUCUCUGAUUUAAUAGGUCGAAAGAAAACUUGUUUGGUGUUUUUUAUCUUGCACCUUAUUGUUGGGAUAUGGAAGAUGGUUGCACCAAGUCCUAGCUUUUGGGUAGCAAAUUUAUGUUUGUCUUUGGCAACAUCAAUAUUUUCCUUCAGUUUCGAGACAUGGGCUGUUGUUGAACAUGACAAGCCGGGUCAUAGGCAAGAUAUUUUGAAUGAAACAUUUUGGUUGAUGACUUUUUUUGAGUCCGCAUCUUUGAUUGGAAGUCAAGUGAUUGGUAAUUGGAUGGUGGGUGGUAAUUUGGAGAAAGGGAUUGGAUCUCCUUCCAUUGCAGCCACCUUACUGGCGAUACUAGGCAUCGCCUGCAUGUCCAGACAUUAUGAUGGAACUACGAAGAUAAUGACAUUUAAGGAUUAUAGGAUGUCCUUUUCAGUGUAUAUCCUUGGUGAUAGAAGGAUAUGGCUACUAGCGUGUGCACAAGCUUGCCUUCAUUUCUCCAUUGCAGCUUUCUGGAUUCUUUGGGCCCCAACACUGGUGGCUGAUGGUCGAGAAGCUUUUCUAGGGUUGAUAUAUCCAUGCUUGCUGGGAGCAAGGAUGUUAGGAAGCACAGUGUUUCCUUGGCUUAUUAAUGCUUCUCUUCGAACUGAGGAUUGCUUAACAUGUGCAUUUGUCGUACAGGCUCUUCUUUUAUCUAUAAUAGCUUAUGAUUACGAGGAAAUUGGAGUUCUCGUCACACAGUUUUCUUUAUACCAUGCCUGCAUUGGCCUAAUUCUGCCUUUGCUUGCAAGAUUGAGAACCAUGUAUGUGCCAAAUGAGUUGCGUGGAGGAAUGAUAAGCCUUUCUCUGGCUCCUGCAAAUGCAGCAAUUUUGUUUGUUCUCAUGCAGAGAGGCUAUUAUAGGACCAUUGAGAACUCAACAAUGAUAGCGUUUGCUGCAGUUGGGUUAUUCAUGGCGGCUGGGUGCAUGUAUGUUUUGAAACGGUGCGGAAAGCAACCAUAUCAAAACUGGCACAAAUUAUGAUUUUUCAAUUCCCAAUUUUAGCCAGCGUUGACGGUAUCUUGGAGUCUGUUAUUAGUCACUGAUUGAACUGAAGGAUAAAACAUAAAGUAUCCUCAAGCUUCAAAUUACCACAUGCAGGGAGGCAUUCAAAGGGGAUAUGAAGGAAGAACCUAUUUCAACUUUCAAGGAUUAAGUAAGUUUAUAGUGAUAACCUCCCAAGAUGUCUACUGAGAAAUACAAGCAAAGAGAUAGUCAGCUGACAUCAAUGGCCGUUGAAUUCCCUUGCAAGUUUUAUCCAAUUAAAGCGAACACGUUUUACAAGCAAGUUUGUUCUGCUCCGCAAGUUCAGCUGGGAAUGAUAAGAGGAUGGCAGCUUAAAACUGGAUAAAUGCAGCGGUGAGUCUAUUUGUGUUUCUUUUUUGUAGGAAUUUAUGUUUAUAGAGUUGCAAUUGCCUCGGGCUCGCUCGAAAUGUUCAUUGAGAAUCAAAUCUUUUUGCAGGGUUUUUUCUUUUUGUUUAGAUUAGGAAGAUAAGAAGCUCUUGGCUUCGGCUUAUGGCUGACAGAUUCCUUUUGUAGAAUUGAAAAUGAGAAAGCAUUGUUUGAUCCA